UAGCCGCUUGACGCCGCACGACACCAGACGGACACCAAAAAGCCAACGAACCAAUCGGCUGAAAAUAAAACAACAACAGCAAUUGGAAAACAGCCGGUAAACGGCGAAGUCUCUUCGCUGCUGAGCAUUUGCAAUUCAUUCAGUUUGUGAAUUGCCGCCAAACGGUCUGCAGCUGCCCGGAACCCAACUGGAGACAGGAACUCAGUACAAAAAAAUAAAUCCCAUUUUUUAAAUAUAAAUACUCCAUAAUAUAAUUCAAUACUCGUGUCAAUUAAUUGGCGACGUCGCGCUCGUGUUAACUAUCAACGAUUAGCAACGCUGACAUUUAAUUUGCCACUUAAAAUUGGUGGCGUUUUUCUAACCAAAAAAAAAAAAUAAUAAUAAUAAAAUAAAUAAAAAGCAACACGUAAACGCAUGCUAAUAUUUCCGGCGGUUAAGGUUAGCGUGUACGCCUACGUUUUAGCGUCGAUAAUAUUUUUGGUUGUCUUCUCAAUUGGAUAUUUAACAUUUUCAUAUUUCUGAUUUGUCGGUAGAUAUUCUUAGUAAUUACUAAUCAGUCUGUUAAGCGCGCAAUUAAUAGCAACUAGUGCUAGCUAAAUAAUUGUUGUUGAUAAACGUUGUUGAUAAAGAUGACAGCUAAAAAUAUACCAAGGCGCCAAGCAAUCCCCGUGCUUUACACCAGAGGCACACACUACGAUGUCGGUUUUGAUAUGGGUAGAACCUUCGCCUCGAUUAUUAAGAGCUUUUUACAACUUUGCAAUCCAUUAAAUGAGUCAUAUUUACCACUUUACAAUAAGGAUGAAGGCAGAAAAGUUUACAACGAAACAUUGGAGAGUGUUAAGAAGUCUUUUCCACAAUACAUCAGAGAACUGGAGGGCAUAGCUGAUGGUGCGCAAGUGGAGUUUCACAAGUUGUUCCUGUUGCAUAUGGAUGAGAUCACUGCAAUUUGUGCGAACGGUAAUGAAGCAGUUGCACCAAUUGGCUGCUCAAGCAUAAUCGUGAACAACGAGAACUCGCGUGUACUCGCGCAUACCGAAGAUGCCUUGGCGGCGACACUCAACCAUUAUUACUUUGUGGUGGCACAUAUCAUCAGCGACACGCCACAGGGCAAACACAAGGUGAAGGAGGAGCGUUUCAUGUCGCUCUGCUAUGCCGGCCACCUGCCGGGCUAUACGAUGAACUACAACCAUCAUGGACUGGUGUUCACCAUCAACACUUUGUCGGCGCUGCAUUUGAGAAGUGGCAAAACACCUCGCCAUUUCAUCACACGCGCACUCUUGAGCGCCGAAAACUACGAACAAGCGCUCACUGUGCUCAAGGAUGAGGGCGUCGGCGCUGGCGAUGGCUGCUCCAUCAAUUUGUCUUUCAUCAACGAAGAGCCCCACAAAUUCUACAACAUCGAAAUGGCACCAGUAUUAGAAGACGGCACGGAAUCCCGUCUUGACAUUAAAGAAAUUAGCUGCGGCGGUCACAAUUGCCACGCCAACAGGUAUGAACGCCUCUGCACCGAGGAGGCCAAUCCAUGGUUGUUGGCUUCGAGCAAAUCGCGCAUGAACACCUUCGGCGAAUAUCCGCCACCGAGUUGCAAGGAAGAUGUUGUGAAAAUGUUAGGUGAUUGCAGUGGCGGCGAGUAUUGCGUCUUCAAUGAAAACAACACACUGGAUGAGCUGGUCAAAACUAUCGCUGUGGGCGUUUUCGAUUUAAAUGAAAAAACAGUUGCCUUAUACUCAGACAAUCCGAGCAAGACUGAGCCGCAAUGCGUUCUUCCGCUUAUUCUCAAGGAGAAAUGAACUUUAAAUUACUCAUCUACAUAGAAAUUGUUAGUGUUCAAAAUAUAGUUUAACUGAAAAUGAACCACUGUACUUACAGUUAGAUAAAAAUAAGUAUAUACAACUCAAUAUGUAAAACUUUGUGAAAGCAAAAAAAAAACUUAAAAAAUAGAAA